UGCCUCCAACGAGCAGCUCCUGCAGGGAGUGUGCAACAUGGAGGGAGGGACUGAAGAAGGGACGGGAGCUACGGCUGCCGCCUUUUCUGAUCUUCGAGCUACAGCUUCCAGUGCAGGGGGAAGUGGAAAUAACCUUGAUGAAUUGGAAAGAAAGAUGAAGUCUUCAGUACACCCAGAGGAAGAUGACUUUGUGCCAGAACUACAUAGAAAUGUUCAUCCUCGAGAGCGACCUGAUUGGGAAGAAACUCUCAGUGCCAUGGCAAGAGGAGCAGAUGUCCCUGAGAUUCCCGGAGAGCUGCCACUUAAGACGUGUGGCAGUACAGCCAGCAUGAAGGUCAAACAUGUAAAAAAAUCCACCAAUCCAGGUCUGCUGGGCUGUGACAACAUUCACAGGUUGCCCUUCACGAAGGGCCACUUUCCAAAGAUGGCAGAGUGUGCUCACUUUCACUACGAGAAUGUGGAGUUUGGCAGCAUCCAGCUUUCACUCUCGGAAGAGCAGAAUGAAGUAACGAGAAACGGCUGUGAAUCUAAGGAGCUGGUCUACCUCGUACAGAUUGCUUGUCAGGGUAAAAGCUGGAUCGUGAAGCGGAGUUAUGAAGAUUUCAGAGUGCUCGAUAAGCAUCUACAUCUCUGUAUUUAUGACCGUCGCUUCUCCCAGCUUUCAGAGCUCCCCCGUUCUGACUCCUUGAAGGACAGCCCCGAGUCGGUCACACAGAUGCUUAUGGCUUACCUGUCACGUCUCUCAGCCAUUGCGGGCAACAAGAUCAAUUGUGGGCCUGCUCUGACCUGGAUGGAGAUUGAUAACAAAGGUAAUCACCUGCUUGUCCAUGAAGAAUCAUCCAUCAAUACGCCUGCUGUUGGUGCUGCACACGUUAUCAAGCGAUAUACUGCUCGGGCACCAGAUGAGCUGUCCUUAGAGGUGGGAGACAUUGUAUCUGUUAUUGAUAUGCCUCCAAAAGUAUUGAGCACGUGGUGGAGGGGCAAACAUGGAUUUCAGGUGGGACUCUUUCCGGGGCACUGCGUUGAGUUAAUCAACCAAAAGGUCCCUCAAUCAGUGACGAAUUCCGUGCCAAAACCAGUCUCCCCCGCCCAUGGAGCCCGCCCGGCGUCUUGGAGCUACUUCCCCCCUUAUUUGGAGAUGGAUAGUGUAAAGCCAGGUUCUGCAUGCGUUUCAGAGGCUCCCAACCAAUCCCAGCUGAGCUCAGUGUCCAAAAAGCACGGCAAGCUCAUUACCUUCCUACGCACAUUCAUGAAGUCUCGUCCAACCAAGCAGAAACUGAAGCAGCGGGGUAUUUUGAAGGAGAGGGUAUUUGGCUGUGACCUGGGAGAACACCUCCUGAAUUCUGGCUUUGAAGUGCCCCAAGUUCUUCAGAGCUGCACUUCAUUCAUUGAGAGAUAUGGCAUCGUGGAUGGAAUAUACCGUCUCUCAGGGGUUGCCUCCAACAUCCAGAGGCUACGCCACGAGUUUGACUCUGAACACAUUCCCGACCUGACGAAAGAGCCUUAUGUGCAGGAUAUCCAUUCCGUGGGCUCCCUCUGUAAGCUGUACUUCAGGGAGCUGCCAAAUCCGCUGCUCACUUACCAACUCUAUGAGAAGUUCUCAGAUGCAGUGUCUGCAGCCACAGAUGAAGAGCGAUUGAUUAAAAUUCACGACGUCAUCCAGCAACUCCCACCUCCACAUUACAGAACGCUGGAGUUCUUAAUGAGACAUUUAUCCCUUCUAGCUGAUUACUGCUCCAUCACGAACAUGCACGCUAAGAACCUAGCAAUUGUGUGGGCCCCAAACCUGCUUCGGUCAAAACAGAUAGAGUCUGCCUGCUUCAGUGGGACAGCUGCCUUCAUGGAAGUGAGAAUUCAGUCGGUGGUGGUUGAAUUUAUUCUCAAUCACGUGGAUGUUCUCUUCAGCAGCAAAAUCAGUGCUGUCAUUCAAGAUGGGGCAGCAGCUUCUUUAUCCAGGCCCAAGUCCCUGUUGGUUUCAUCGCCAUCCACCAAGCUGCUGACCUUGGAAGAAGCCCAGGCCCGGACGCAAGCUCAGAUCCACUCCCCCAUCGUGACCGACAACAAAUACAUUGAAGUGGGAGAAGGGCCAGCUGCACUUCAGGGAAAAUUCCAUACUGUCAUUGAGUUUCCUCUUGAAAGGAAGCGGCCCCCAAGCAAAAUGAAGAAGUCUCCAGUGGGGAGCUGGCGGUCCUUCUUCAACUUGGGGAAGUCGUCGUCGGUCUCCAAGCGCAAACUCCAACGGAAUGAGAGUGAGCCUUCAGAGAUGAAAGCCAUUGCUCUGAAAGGUGGCAGGGCAGAAGGAACCCUCCGCUCGGCUAAGAGUGAAGAAUCUCUGACUUCUCUGCACGCUGUUGAUGGUGAAUCAAAGCUGUUCCGGCCAAGAAGACCCCGUUCUAGUAGCGACGCGCUCUCUGCCUCUUUUAACGGAGAGAUGCUAGGAAACCGCUGCAAUUCCUAUGACAAUCUGCCCCACGACCAGGAGAGUGAAGAGGAAGACGGGCUGCUGCACAUCCCAGCCCUCGUGUCCCCUCAUUCCACUGAGGAUGUUGACCUGAGCCCACCAGACAUUGGCGUGGCCAGCUUGGAUUUUGAUCCCAUGUCCUUCCAGUGCAGUCCUCCCAAGGCAGAGGCGGAAUGUCCCGAGCACAGCGCCCUGCUGGACUUCGAGGAGUUCGCCCAGGACAAGGUGGCCAAUCGAAAGGAGGCCGAGGCAGGUAGCCAGUGUCAGACUCCCGGAAGCACCACCAGUUCCGAACCUGUCUCCCCACUCCAGGAUAAGGCGAGUAGCCCCUUCUUCACCCUGGAUCUGAGCCCGACGGAAGAAAAAGCACCCAGGCCCUCCUCGUCUACUGAGAGGGUCGUCUAUGCUUUCUCCCCCAAGAUGGGACGGAAACUGAGCAAGUCCCCAGCCCCGACCGGAUCCGAGCCCGUCUCCGUGCCGCUGCCCGGCCCCAUGUCCGAGGCCACCGUUGGAGUUUCCGGCCCCAUCCCAAAUGCUUCGCCACCUGCCUGGAACAGGAGCUUUGGUGAUGGGGAGGCCCCCAACACUUGCCCCCACCAGGGGCUGACGACCAAAGGCGAUGCCGCAGAAGCCCGAGAAAGACAUCCCUCCGAAGCCCAGAAGGUGGAGCCAGCGGCCGCCGUCACUGCCCCUGAAGUAGAACCGCCCACGCCAGUGGAACCGUUUGUGCCGAACGGUCACAGUAAGGCUGUAGCUUCUGCACAGACCCACCCAGGAGCAGUUGCCCUUGACUCCCCUCAGGAUCCCGUUCCUGUCAGUUCAGUAACUCUAAUCCCACCUCCACCGCCACCGAAAAAUGCCGCCCGCAUGUUGGCGUUAGCUUUAGCAGAAUCUGCACAACAAGCCUCCACCCAGUCACUGAAGAGACCAGGAAAUGGCCAGGCCGGUUAUCCUGAUGCUGGAGACAGCGCAGUGGCUGGGCCCCAGGGCCCGCAGUUCACCCUCCCUUCCGGUUUCCCGUUAGACAAGGCCUAUUUCCAAAGCGGGACACCGGGAGAGCCCCCCGAGCUCCAGCGGGCCAUCCCCGGAGGCUGUGACGGCCCCAUCGUCCGUCCAGUCGCCUCCGCCACUGCCCCCGAGGACCAGCCCUACGCCGCCCCGGCCCCCGAACCCGGGGACGGGCCACACCCCUCAGCAGCCUCCCUGGGGAGUCCGCCCCGCACGGACAAGGCGGAGACCCAUCUGACUCUCUUGGCAGACUCAGAGAAGACCAGCCGGCCGUCCCCUCCCGGGGAUCCGGAGACGGACCCCCAGGCCCCAUCUUUUGGGAGCCCGGACCCACCUGACCGGUACCGGCCCAGAGGAGAGGAGCCUUACAUCCUUCCCGAUCCGUACGUCGAUAAGCCCCACCUCCCUCCCGAGAUGGCACCAGGCCCGUGGCCCCUGGACAGAGCCCUCCCUUCGGCUGGCCCCCCCGGGGAGAGCAGCACCGGCAGCACAGUGACUCACCUGACAAAUACUCAGCCAGAAGCAACCGAAAUCAUCCCCGGGGAAUCUCCGUGGGGCUGUGCCGGCCAGCCCACUCCCUCAGAGGAUGGCUUCUUCCCCUCCGGCCAGCCCACCCCCUCAGCGGAUGGCUUCUUCGGCACCCUCCAGCGCACCCACAGGAACAACCGGCCCCGCCCUGUAACGCCUCCAGCUCAGAGAGCAGUCGAACCACAGGCACCCCUGGGGCAGAUUCCCGCGGCAGCCGGCAUAGCACCCAAUGGUUCCCUGAAGGUGCGAGGAGGAGUGCCGGCUCCAGAGAAGCCUCCUGAACCCCGGACAGCAGACCCAGCCCCCACCACCUGGGCCCCCGCUGCUACCAUUGCCCACCCGGGCCUGCCCGUGAAGCUCCGGGAGGGUACGCGGGCCCCGCCCCUUCACCUGCGCUCUGAGUCUGUUCCCGCCUCCGCGCCUUAUAGCUUUGGCGCGCCCAUCCCGCCCACUCGGACGCUGGAGAGUAAGAUGGCAGCCGCCAUGCACGCCAACAACGCCGACGGCCUGGGCGCCUCGAGUUACCACGCUUUUGCCGCAGCGCCGUCGGCCUCCCCGGAUGAGGACUCGUUGCUGGGACCACCCCACCCUCAGCCAAAGCACACCUCGCUUAAGCCGGCCCACCCCGUCUACCCCUGGCCAGAGAACUCCCCUGAGCCUCUCAGCCCCGAAAACUGCGCGCCCAUCGGCCUGGCUCCUGCCUGCCAGUAUCGUCCGCCAGCCGGCCCUCUGCCCGGCGUGAAACCAGAGCAGCUCCAGGGAUAUGGCUCCAGGUCGGAGACCCUGUCCUCCGGGAGCCCCCGCUACAACACGUACCUGCCCCCGGGAAAGAGUGGAGCGGGAGCCCGCUCGAGGCCAUGCGGCCGGAUGGAGUACGGGUCUUCGGCCAGCCCUUCUGUGCGCAGCGCGUGCUACCCCGACGACCUACCCUUGUACCCCACCAUCCGGAGGGUCCAGUCCCUGCACGUGCCGCCGACGGCCCUGAUCCGCUCCGUGCCCAUCUCCCGGACUGAGGUGCCCCCGGAUGAUGAGCCCGCUUUCUGCCCACGGCCCCUGUACCCAUAUAAGCCAUACCAGUCCUCCCCAGCCCGCUCAGAUUACCAUGUGACUCAGCUGCAGCCUUACUUCGAGAACGGACGAGUCCACUACCGCUAUAGCCCGUACUCCAGCUCUGCGGGCCCCUGCUAUGGCGCCGAAGGGCCCUUCUACACCCUGGACGCCUACAGCACGAUGCAGCCGAAGCCUUCCCACCGCCAGCCCGGCAGGGACCUGACCUUUUGCGCCGCCCGGCCCCAAGGCAAGAACUCGGCCCGCCACCCUGGCCCACCACCCCGCCCCCGGGCCAGCUUCGUAGGCUACCUGCCGAGCCACGAGCCUACCUAUGCCCAUCUGCCCCCGCCUUCCGACGCCAGGCCCACGUAUGCCUCGUGGGACCUGGAGGACCUGGAGAAGUACCGCUUGCAGUCGAUCCGGAGGGAGAGCCGCGCGCGCCAGAGGGCCAGGGGGCCCGUCCUGUCCCAGUACGACAACAUCGCCCCGCUCGGCCUGGAGGACCCGGCCAGCAUCUACGUCAUCCACCUCCGCAGCAAGUCUGAUCCGGGGAAGACGGGGCUUCUGUCAGUGGCGGAGGGGAGGGAUGGGCGCCGUGCUUCCAAGGCCAUCUCCCCCGCCGAGGGAGACGAUCGCUUUUGCCGGAAGCAUCCUGAGGCGGAGCUGGAGCGAGCCCACUGCCACGGAGGCUGUGGCAAUGGGCAGGCAGAGAAGCCCUCCCUCCCCCAGAAGCAGAGCAGCCUCCGGAGCCGCAAGGCCCGGGAUCUGGGCGGACCCCCAUCCGAGCACAGGGCGCACCAGGAAGCAAGCCAUAGGGCCCUGGCGGAGGCCAGGAACGGACCCCCGUUUCCCGCGGGCGCCUGCCAGCUUGAUUAUGGGCCCAGAGGCCCGCAGGACCCACUGGAUCCCCCAGGUUACCACCCCCUCUACGGCCCCAGUGGUCAGGGGACGUUAAGACCGAGCCACAAAGAACCGAGGCUGCCCGAAGACCCAGAGCGGCCUCGAGUGCGGUCCUCCGCGGCCCCUGAGAGACUCUCCAGAGAGUGCUACCUAGAGGAGGAGCACCUGGCCCGGGCCAUGGCCACGCCCCCCAAGCCCGAGAGGAGCCACAGCCUGAGGCUCCACCCGGGGCCAAGCAUGGAGAGGGAGCCCGGCCUUCUCUACCAUUACCACCCUCACGGCAAGCGCCAGGGCGCGGUGACUGUGCUGUCUCAGUACGAUAACGUGGGUGACUGCCACACCCUGCCCCCACCCCCACGGGGCUCUGCCUUUGGUGGAGGAGGUGGAGGAGAUGGGCCUUUCGGGCCCCCCAGCUUUCCCCAUCCACAGAACAGGACUUACGCCACGGCCUUGGGUCAGGGGGCCUUCCUUCCCACAGAGAUGUCUCUGCAAAGCCCCGAAACACACCUCCGUGCAGAAUGAGCCUGGGAAUACCGUAAUAGAGUCGAAGCAGCCUCUGCUGGACAGCGGACUGUUUUAUUUUUUCAACGACCAAAAAGAUUAAAAAAAAAAAACCCUAAAAAAUCACAAAAAACAACCAAACCAUCCCCGUAAGAAAAAGGAAACCGAUCAUCUCCUCCCCGCCACGCCUGCCCCCCUCCCCCAUCCCGUCAUGGCCUUUCCCACCCACCGCCUCUGUCAUUUGUGGAUGGCAGAGAGCUGGGUGGGGUUACAGGGUUAUAUCGUUGGUCCACGGCAGAGAAAUCCUUUAUCCACCAAGCGCGCCUGAGGGCGCUGGACUGAAACGGGCCCAGGUGCCCCCAUCUACCCAGCUUAAUGUCGUCCCGUCUCCCGGGUUCCUGCCAGGUCCCAGAGCAGCAGCCCCCAUCAGUCGGGAAGGGCCCUGGCGUUUGGCGUGAGGGUCUGGGCCCACGGCGAUGGACCACGGCCGGACCCUCCGGGCACCUCUCCCCUGUCCCGUCACCCCGUCUCCCAGACAGUGAUCCAACCGUCCUAUGUCGGAGAGCACGUGGGGAGAAGGGUGCCUGCCCCAUGCCCUUCAGAGCUAGAGUUAGUUAUAUUUUAGGCAAGAAAGGAGUUAACUGAUUUAAUUUAAGUAUUUAAGAAAUGAAAGGAGCUGUUGUUUUCUUAUCCUCGAGAGGUUUUGAAGCCUUUCUUCUUAGCACUUCAUAGAAAUGUCAGCCCAUGUAGGCUAGGACCAACCCACCGACUACCCUCCUUGCAUCUCUCCGUUCUCUUCACCAGCUGGUGAGAGUGCAGAAGGGUUUUGUUUUUUUAAAACAAGGACCACUUCCAGAAGUUGUGGGAAAAUAAAAUACUCAUCCUUUUCCCGAAACGGUGUCAGUGCUUUUAAUGUGUUUGGUGCCUUGGGGAGUAUUUUUGUUUUGUUUUGUUUUUUUAAAGUCAUUUUGGUAAAGAAUCAUUUUUAAUGGAAACAUUUCAGGCCAGCUCUCCUUCAAAGGCAACCGUUUCAGCGACCGUUUGUCCAGAGAAACCUAGAGAUGAUUUCAUAGUUCCAGAAUUGGCUACACGUCCAUUUCAUUUUUCUAAACCAGAGUGCAGGCUACCUGGGAAUACUUAAUGUAGCUUCCAACGAUCUGUGGAACACGUUGACUACUAGGCUAAUUACUUAGUACACUGAAUCAUAUCAUCGAACUGUGCAGUUCCUCUGUAUGUACUGAGUAAUUAGGUGCUUGGUUCUCUGUUUUAUCGUGUUUUAUCGUGGUUACCAUUCACACCAGCAUUUCAGAACCAUUUCCCUUCUGACGUUGUAGCAGUGUUGUAUACGUUAGUAUCAGGAUCUUUUUUUCUUCCUUUAAAAGAAAACGUCACUGUCCAUCACUGCAGUAGAACUAAGACCAACUCUCCUUUCCUUCCCAGCUGGGUCCCGUUUUUCUAAAUUCUCUCUCCCUUGAUUCCUUCCCCCAACCCCACCACAAGCUACUCCAGGCCAGCAGUGCAGUGGUCUAGAUUUCUAAAGCAAAUCUAGUAGGACAUUUCAUUACAAGAGGCUUACUAAUACUUGAGUUUAGGAGUUAACGUAUGUUGAGCACGCUCAGUUUGUUCAGGAGGUGGAGGAAUUCUCCCCGGUUACCGCAUCGGAAUCUCACUGACUCUUGAAACUCAGAGCGGGUUUGAUAUAAAAAUGGGACAAAGUCAUCAAAAGUUUUCCUAAUCCUAAAACCAUGCUGCUACCAUUGCUGUGAAACUAUUCAGAGACUAGGACGGGUGACAGUUGUCUUGGACCCAGAGUUUCAUUUCAUUGCUGUUUUAGGGUUUGAAAUUAGAAGAUUUUGUGGCCCAAGCGGUUUCUCUUUGGAACCUCCCAGGACCCGCUGUGGCAGGUUCACUGACUAUCAUGUAUUCGUUCUCGAUGAAAGGAGCAUUUGCCUGAGAGAUAUCGAAACCAUGGAUAGUUUUCUUGCGGGCACACCAGAGUGGUUGGGGAUGGGGGCGGGAGGACCCCUAGGGAAUUCAGCGUUCCUAUCUUUGUGGAUCUGGAGGGAAUUGGACUUCCUGGGGUCAUCCCGAUGGGCUGCUCUCUCCCUCUGGAUCCCUUGGAGUCAUCCUUCUUGGUUUCAUCGAGGCAGCAAAGCUGGCAUGGCAGUUGACCCAUCGGCUCCAGACGCCAGCCAGACCCGGCUAGGCCCGGGGAAGGGAAGGGGCUCGAUUAGAUGGCUGUUACCCAGCAUCCUAAUGGGAGAGGCCACUGAGAAACCCUUGGGCACUGGUCGAUUUGUACAUCACUUUUGUCUCCCCUACACGUAUUUCCCACCCCCGCCAAAAGCUGAGCCGGUCGCCACCGAUCCCCAGAGGAACGACCAUGUAGAAACUCUAGGUCAACCCCCUGACUUCCAGGAAAUGGAUGAGAACCUCGAGCCUUUGACCCAAACCCCCAUUUGUUUUUUCCAGCCUAGACACAGCCUUAAUUAUGUGACCGGUGAGCUGAAAAACUUGUGCGGGUGUCUCUUCUUUACCUAUUGGGGUCGAAAUCGGGGGGUUAAUCACUGUGAGCCAGAUAACCUCAGCAUGGGUCACCCCACGAGCACCAGUGGGGCAGGACCUGGGGUGGGGAUUUGGGGCUUUGGGCUCUUCUGAUGUAGAGCGUUUUCACAAUAAACACAGAACGGCCUAAUGCCCCGGGCCCACUAUCCGGUCAUACUCUGAUCGGAGCAGCUCCAUCUCUAGGCUUUGAGCGGCUCCACUUCCAUCCUGGGAGCAGAGCUUUUCCAUACCACUUUGGAGGGUGCCGUUUGUAUUUUCUAGUCCCUCACACCUGAGCCUCACCGAUUCUUCUAGCACUCGUCCUUCCCCUACAGGCCCGUCUGACCCCCAUUUCUGCAGAAUGCCCAACCGUCUCAGAGAGAAAGUAGGAUCAGGUUGAAAGUUGGCAGAGGGGACAACUUAGGUGAGAGAAAAAGAGAGCGAGAGAAAGAGAUUUGCACGCGCUGCUGAGGGAAACGGGCACCAAGUCAUGGUUCGAGGGGACGACCCCACGGCCAAUCUAGAAUGUAUCGUUCUCCUUGGGAGAGGGAGCAGGCUCACUUCCCCUAAGCAGACCCCUGCAUCGUGCAAUCCGUGAAAAUGUUAUUGAGGCAAGGUAUGUAAAGGAGGUGAGAGUGGAAGUGAAGGAAUGUUGUUGACUUCCAAGAGAGGUAGGAGAGACGGGUGAUUUUUCAGCUCUGCUGUGGAAAUCUGCCGGGUCAGGGAAGGUACGUCUUAGCUCGUGUGCACAGCUUAUGUGUGUGCGAUGGAGUCUCUCCCCGCCCCCCCCCCCCCCCCCGGGUCUGGUUUGCACCAUUUCUGUUGUGAAAGGAUGAAAGAUUGAGACAUGGUGGUUUUGCAGCUCACCCUCUGCAGUAGAAAACUUGAUUAUUCAACCAAUGACCCGCAUGAGAAAAGCAUCCUAGAAAGUCUUGGAUCACACUUCUGAGUUGGCUUAACUUUAAUUUAUAUAGUGUCUUAUUUUUAUGUUUUAAUAUUUUUUUGUGAACUGGUGAAAAAUGUAUAUGCUGAGAAGCUCAUGUAUUUUUUUUUUGUAAAUAAUUUUGUGGCUUAUUCCUCGCCCCCGAGUGUAAAUAUUUAGAUUCUCAUUUUCUUCCAACCUUGUAUGAUGCUGACGUGUGGGUUUUUGGUUAUUUUGUACUGUAACGUGAUGAUCCAGACUAAGAUGUCUUGUGGUAUAAAUCAAAUGUCCCACUGAGCUCAACUCAAAUGUACAACUCAACAGCAUUAAUCAAUUCAGGUUCAAAACCA